AGCUAGCAGAUCGAGUGCAGCACCGGGGCACCGCCCGCCUGGCGAUGUGGCGCCGUCUGCUCAUCGUCGCCGCUUGUUGCCUGAUCUUCGUCGUCCCGUCUCUCUCCGGCGAGGCGAAGAAGGUGGUCACCCACCUGCCGGGAUUCGAUGGCCCCCUGCCCUUCUACCUCGAGACUGGGUACGUUAGUGUGGAGGAGGACAACGGGGUCGAGCUCUUCUACCACUUCGUCAAGUCGGAGAGGAACCCCGCUACCGACCCUGUGAUUCUCUGGCUGUCAGGUGGGCCCGGCUGCUCCGGCUUCAGCGGCCUCGUUUAUGAAGUGGGUCCUCUAAACUAUGUGGUGGUACCUUACAAUGGUAGUCUGCCACAGUUGGUUUCUAAUCCAUAUUCAUGGACGAAGAUGGCGAACUUUCUCUACCUUGAUAGUCCCGUUGGUAGUGGUUUCUCAUAUGCGCGUGACCCUAAAGGUUAUGAUGUUGGAGACUACUCAUCUUCUUCUCAAGUUGUAACAUUUCUUACAAAGUGGUUCAAUGACCACCCGCAAUAUCUUUCAAAUCCUUUCUAUGUUGGUGGAAGUUCGUACGCUGGAAAGGUUUCACCAAUAAUUGCAAAUUAUAUUUUGGAAGAAAUUGAAGAAAGACAUCAUCCUCUAAUUAAUCUAAAGGGCUAUAUAGUUGGCAACCCUAUUACAGGAUCAAACAUAGAAGAGAACUUCAGAGUACCAUAUGCCCAUGGUGUUGGAAUUAUAUCUGACCAGCAAUAUGAGAUUGCGGUGGAGAGCUGUAAAGGAGAUUAUGUAACUUCGACCAACAAAAUUUGCGCUGAGGUGAUGAAUGUUAUUCAGAAACUUAUUUCCGAGGUUUCACUAGGACACAUCAUGGAAGAUAAAUGUGUUCACAUCUCACCAAAACCCAUAAAUGAUGAACAUAUUCAGCUGCGCAGGCCUCCACCUCGACAUGGCACCAAUUGUUUCACAUACAAGUAUUACCUAUCUUAUUUCUGGGCAAACUACAAAGGCAGUAGAGACGCACUGGGGAUAAGGGAGGGUACAGUCAACGAGUGGGUAAGAUGCAACUUCAACCUUCCCUAUGUCUCGGAUGUCCCAAGCAACAUAGAUUAUCAUCACAAUCUCACCAGCAAGGGUUACCGUGCUCUUGUUUACAGUGGAGACCAUGACCUUCUUGUCCCAUUUCUUAGCACACAUUCAUGGAUAAGAUCCUUCAACUACCCCAUAGUUGACGAUUGGAGAGCAUGGCACCUAGAUGGCCAGGCUGCAGGAUUCACGAUAAAAUACAACAAUCUGACUUUUGCGACGCUAAAGGGCGCUGGCCACACUGCUGUGGAAUACGAACCAAAGCGAGGCUUUGCUAUGGCUCAGAGAUGGAUUGACAAUAUGUCUCUUUGAGGGACAAGACCAAUAUUUGUUUUUUAAUAAGACCAUCUAAAUUGUGCAAUCAAGAUAGACCUAAAUUAAUUAUUCAAUAAUUAUGGUAUUCUCAAGAAGGUGACUAUUGAUCAGAGUU